AUGAAGACAAUGAGGCAAAAAACUCCACUGAAAGUUCAAGCACCAAGGUCGGUAAUGAAAAGUCGAGGAAAUUCUGGAAACAGCUUAGUAAAAGAUCCUGUACAAGUUUACUGCCGCGUUCGGCCUUUGCCGUGCGAAUCCGAUCUUACCUGUUUGCGCGUUACCGAUCCCCAUACCAUCGUGCUGACGCCUCCGGAGAUUGCUAUUAACUAUAAGGUUGGCAAUUUGAAAGAAACGCAAUUUAUAUUCAAACGCGUUUUUAGCGAUACAAUACGUCAGCAUGAUGUCUACAUGACCGUUGCACAACCGUUAGUGGAAGGGUUGAUACGCGGUCGCAAUGGGUUGCUCUUUACCUACGGUGUUACUGGCAGCGGCAAAACAUACACCAUGACGGGCGAUCUUCAACAUCGAGGCAUAAUGCCGCGGUGCCUGGAUGCUCUGUUUCGCACCAUAGCCGAUUAUCAGGCUAAAAAGUACACCUUCAAGCCUGAUCGUUUAAACGGGUUCGAUAUCCUCUCGGAAGCGGAGAUACUUCUGGAGCGUCAAACGGAAAUGAACGCAAAAUUAACGAAAUCAACAAGGAAAAAAGACCUCGACCAAGAAGUUGCGUCCCAGGCUUCCGUAGAGCCCUCCGAAAUCAGUGGCAUCGAAGAGGAUAAUAUUUACUCUGUUUUCAUAAACUAUGUUGAAGUGUACAACAACAGCGUUUACGAUUUGCUUGAAGAAACUACCAUUCAAAAGACACUUCAGAGCAAAAUGGUACGGGAAGAUGCGCAGCAUAAUAUGUUCGUCCAUGGCGUAACGGAGGUCGAAGUUAAGUCUGUUGAAGAGGCCCUAGAACUCUUCCAAAUUGGGCAAAAACGAAAGCGCAUGGGGCAUACCAUACUUAAUGCGGAAUCCAGUCGUUCGCAUUCUGUUUUCACGAUCCGUUUAGUGCAAGCACCGGUUGACGUGCAGGGCGAAAACGUGGUACAAGAUCGCAAUGCCAUCAGUGUUAGCCAGCUCUCGCUGGUGGACUUGGCUGGCAGCGAGCGUACCAGCAGAACAGGCAACACAGGACAACGGCUGCGGGAAGCUGGAAACAUUAACAACAGCCUGAUGACUUUGCGAACGUGCUUGGAAAUUUUACGUGAAAACCACCUUCAGGCCGGCGGUGGCCUGAAGAAAGUACCGUAUCGUGAUUCCAAAAUUACGCAUCUUUUUAAGAACUAUUUUGACGGGGAAGGCCAAGUGCGAAUGAUAGUGUGCGUUAAUCCUCGUGCGGAAGACUAUGACGAGACGGCACAGGUGAUGAAAUUUGCCGAAAUGACGCAGGAUGUGCAAAUAGCUCGGCCCACGCCGGCUAAGGUAGAUCACAACCUGGGGCUUACUCCGGGCCGUCGUAAGGCGAAUCAACUGUUUAAGCUGGCGCUGAAUGAAAUGGCUGAAAAGCAUUCCCAUCAUUCGCCUGCAUUUGUUACUGCAGAAGGCGCCACCACGGGCAUAGAUCGAAUGGAUUUCGAUCUUGGUUUAGUAUACAGCCUGGAACCAUUCUUGUCGGAGAUGAAACUAGGUACUCCGGAAUGUCGCGAGCUGGUACAAAAGCUCUCUGAGAUACUCGAGUUAAGGAUUCAGAAACGUAAAUUGCUGGUUGAUGAUUUUAAUGCUCGUCAAAAUCGAUUCCGCAUGAAUUUACACAAGCUAGAGAGUGAAAAUUUGUUGCUUCGCACGGAGAAUACAUCGUUCCGGGCCGUCCUUACGCAAAACAAACAGAAGAUCGGCGCAAUGGAAAGCAAAAUCGUCGUGUACGAAAGUUCGAUCGAUGAUUUAAACCGCCGUAACCGGCAGCUGGAAGAACGCCUGCUACAACUGCAGACGCAGCUAAAUCAGAAGACUCAAAUGAUAACGCAAAAAGAACUAGAAAAGGAACGCCAACGCAAAAAGUUCACGUCCAAAUUUGCGGUCGAGUCGGAAAAGAUGAGCCGCGAACUGGAGCUGAAGCUAAUGGAGCAGAAAAACAAGCUACAGGACGAAAUGCGUGACAAGGACGAACGGCUGCGAUUGGUCUCUGAAAUCAUACAAGGCCAAGGAACUCCGAUUCCACGAGGUACCCGUUCCAGGAGUGCCGACAAAGACGUCCACAAAGCAGAAUCGACAACAUCAAACGUGAAAUCGUUGGUUAGCGCGUACGCCACACCACGUGCUUCCAGGCCCGUUGGAUCAGCUGUGGUAAAUAGUCGACAUCGACGAUCACGCUCUACUGGCGAGCGUUGGCUUGAGCAUCGUGCCGCGAAUCCUGUACCAUUGGGCACAAUAUUGCAACCGUAUUACUUAAACUCAAAGUCGGUCACCAAACUGACCGACAAGGAUGUUAUCACGCAGAAGGCUACCAAGUAUUGUUUGAUAUCGCAGGAUGCCGAUACGGAGGGCGAGCUUGAGACGAAACUUUACAAAGGAGACGUCAUUCCUACAUGUGGCGGAGGCGCACAGGUGGUCUUUAACGACGUGGAAUGUUUGACACAAUACUCUCCUACAAAAACGCCACCAUCCAGUCGAAAACGUUCCAGCAAUUUCAUCACCCCCAGCGCUCCACCCUUGAGUGAGAUACAAAAUACCAAUUCGAAAUGUAGCUUGGCCAUCGAAGGGCACCGAAGUGCAGGAGAGCAAAAGAAAAGAUCCAAGCAUUGA